GUGUUAAAUGAGACUUUCGUCGCGCGAAAUUUAAAAUCCAUAACAAACCUGGGUCGGCGUUCAGCAUCCAUAUUUCACAUUUUAAAAAAUCUCCUAGUGAAUCAAAUACAUAAUUCGAAAUAUGACAACCGUUCGAGUAAACGGAGUUGGGGACGAAAUUAGUGGUGAGGUCCAAGUCGUUAACGCCACAGCGGAACAGAUCGUGCUCUCUAAUUCUCUGCUUGUCCAGCAAAUUCUGAAUAAUCUCACGGUCUCCGAUUUGAAGAAGUGUGCCAGCACAAACUUUACUUUUUCCUCGGAAGUAAUGAAACUACUUGACCGGAAGUCGAUAGUCAGCUUGGAAUCUAGUACGAGCUACCAGUCCUACUUCGACUCGUUGAAAAAGGGAGGACGAAUCCCGAACAUGGUGAAAAUGACGAUCGGGACUCGUAGAGAGAAAGGUGCCGUUCGUUCCUCCCCAAAACCCUUUCGUAACAUCCCUUUCGAAAUAAUCCGGAGAAUUGGUGCGGACAAGCACUUUCCUCACAAAAUUGCGGAAACUUUUAUCCCUCACCGUCAAUUUGGAAGAAUUGGAGCUCUACUUCAAAAACCGGUACGGUUCGGACUUCGUCACCGCCCUGCCGUUCGAAGACACAUUCCAACUCCCCCACUUGAAGAAGCUUGGCCUCCUCGUGGAUGAGAUAGACACUGAGGGACCAGAAAGAAUCCGAACAUUUUUAAGACGGUUCUUUUCAAUUUCUCAAAAUUUCGAAAGUUUCCAUGCAACUGGUUCAAACAACGGAAUGCAGGUUCUCGUCGCCACAUUAUUUUUCGAAGAGAUUGCAAAAAUUCCUGGACGGAUGGAGAAGAUAACUGAGCUGAAUUUAAGACCUGCAUCUUUCCUCAACCGCCGCUACCAAUUUCUCAGCCUGAAACACAAGGAUUUUGUGGCGCUACACGUGCUCACGUUGAGCGUGACGAGCUGGAAUAUAGAAGAAGCGGAAGAAAUCCUGCACAAAUUUCGGAAACGCUUGACCAAGCUGGUAAUCCAUUUGGAAGAAGUCUUAGAUGAGGAGGAUGACUACAAGGUGAAAAUCCCAGUCAUGGAAAAUUUGGAGGAGUUGGUCCUACGCAAAAAGAUGGGGAUUAGUGAGAAAGCCGUCGGCGUGUUUGUCACACCUUCUUCCGGAGUUUUCGCGAAAUUGUGGCGCCUCGAGAUAAGCGUGUCCGUGAUGAGGGAAACGUUUCUGGAUAACCACAGACAAAUUCACGUCAUAGACAAAGUUACGGCAUUGACGCACAUUUAUUUCGAUGAAAGGGAGGAGGAGCUGGAUGAUGAAAUGGUGGAGCAAAUGAUGGAUUUUUUUCCCAGACGUGGAAAAACUGUUUGCCAAAAUUUUUGACUAAUUAUAAUGUGCAAAAUUACUUCAGAAUUU